AGGCAGGGCACCUUGCGCGAGGACAGCAGUGACGGCGGUGGUCGUUCCAUUCUGUGCUGGGCCUUCUCAUGAACUCCUGCUUCCGUCAGGACCCAGGGUCAACGCUGCGGCGCAGGCGGGUUGGCAAGGCGGCACUGCCCUUGGGGAGGCCAGAGUCCUUUCUGCCUAUGGAGCACACAGCAGCCACAGCCCCCAGGCCGAGACCCCCACCUGGGACCACUGAGAAUGUUCUGCCCCAAGCAGAGGACUGGGCAGCCUGCCUCAAGACAGAGCUUCCCUCGGAUCCGGAGCUGAGCGAGCAGCGGCGCCUGCAGAUCUCCAAGGAGUUGGUCGACCUGCAGAUCUCAGCUCACCACGUGCAGGAGCAGCAUGAGGCUGAACUCUUUGAGCUGAAGAGUGAGGUCCUACAGCUGGAGAGCCGGGUGCUGGAGCUGGAGCUGCAUGGAGAUUGCAUAGCCCCCCGAGAGGCUGCCUUGGGGCACCGCCACGAGCUGGCACGGGAGCUCCAACACAAGGCCUGGGAGCAGGGACACUCCAUCCACCACAGACCCCAGGUCGCCGCACAGCCUGAGGACUUCCUGAGCCCUAAGGAUGAAGAGCAGAAGCUGGGAAACAGUGGAGAAUGGACGCGCACGCUGGAGGAGCAGAAGGCCCAGAGGCAGGCACUGGAGACCCGUGUGGCAGACCUGGGCCGGCGGCUGCAGGAAGCCCGAGAUGAGGCCCGGACGGCGGGGCAGCAACUAGCGGUACAAGCCAUGGUGUUGUCUGCCUGCCAAGGCCAGCUGCGCCAGGCGGAGGCAGAGAACGCCCAGCUGCAGCUGCAGCUCAAGAAGCUGAAUGAAGAGUACUCCCUCCACUUGCAGCGAUGUGCCCGGGCCGUGGCCGAGUACGCGAACCGCACCAGCCAAGAGCCGGCAGCCGCAGCCCUCCGCACGUUCCUGGAGACCACGCUGGAGCAUAUCCGGACAGCGCACCGCAGCCGUGAGCAGCAGCUGGCCCGGGCUGCUCGUGCCUACCGCAAGCGCCUGUCAGAUCUGAGCCGUAGACACGAGGAGCUGCUGGCGACCCGCAGUGUGCAGCAGGUGCUGGCAGACUCCAGUGAGGCAUCUGGGACCCCCAAAGCUACUUUUGAUGCAGCCACCUUACACCUGGAGCCCCGGUCUCUGCACCUGGUCACUGAACUCAGCCACCCAGAAGACCAGGCCAGGCAGGAGACAAAGCUCCGGAAGCUCGAGGCCCAGAAGGGGCCCAGUGAAGCCUCCCUGGGGGUUAGAGACCCGCAGGGCCAGGAAGCUGCCUCCUGGGCCCAGGUCCACCAGAAGCUCCAGGACUUCUCCUGUGGCACCCAGGUGGAGCUGGAGCGUGAGCGGGCACAGUUGCUAGUCCGGGCCACAAUGGCUGAGGAGCAACUUUCUGAGCUACAGGAGUACGUGGACCAGCACCUCGGCAGGUACAAACAGGAGAUCCUGAGGCUGAGGAAGCUCAUGGGUACACAGGACGCUGGGGGAGUGGGGACCACACCGCCUAUCAAGCAGCGGCACUCAAGGACCCGAAGCCGCUAGCCAGCUGUCAAACUCAGGGCAGAACUCUUUUUCACAGCCAGCAUGGAGCCCUCCUCACAGCACCCCCUCGGGUGGGAGCGGGGUUGGGGAGUGUCGCUCCACCCAGCCUCCACCCAAUAAGAGUCCGAAUGA